AUGGUGGCAACCAGCCGCGGUGAAGCUCGGCAGCAGGGAGGAUCGGAUGACUCGGACGCCAGCGACGAUGAGCGGGACAACAGGGCCAGCCCGAAGACGGGCGAUGACGAGCACAUGAACGGAGGGGCAAGGGUGGGUCGGGAACUUCUAUUCUGGCCAAUAGUCAGGGAGGUCGACGGCAAGAAGGAGAACAAGCACGUGCGCGUCUGCGGCGAUGGCGAUACGUCAAAACGCGUGGCAGGAGACUGCACGCGUGUGGCGUUCGACCCGCGCGACCUCGCGGCAUCCGACUCCAAGGGCGGCUACCGCUUGCUCCCUGACGAAGAGUUGAAACGAUUCUACCGACCGCAGAAGGUAAAACGUGAGGCCAUUUUCUGGCCAGCAGUGCGGACGGUCGACGGCGAGGAGGAGUACAAGCACGUCCGCGUCUACGACCCCCCGCACGCUCGCGGGGGGGAUUGCGUGGGUGCGCAACAGCUCAAGGAAUGUCCGUGCGAUCAGAGAUCGGGCGAGGGGAAGGGGAGAUGUUCGUGCUACCGGGCAUGUGAGUGCGACGACUGCACGCGCAAGUCUGCCGGUCCCUGUGUGUGCGACAACUGCGCGCUCAAGCCUGCCCAUCUGCGCGGCGACUGCACGGCUCAGCCUGCCGGCGACUCCGCGCAGGUCCCGUUCGAUAACCGCGACCUCAUCGCGACCGACGGCAGGAGGGAUUACCGCCUGCUGCCUGAUCACGAAGUGUUGUCACUUUUCUUCCACGACGAGACCACCGCGAAGGAGAACGACGAUGAAGACCACCAAUGGAUGUCGGCGGAGAAAGGGGCUGCCAUGAAAGUCAAUAGGGAGGUCCGCGCCGCGCACAUCUCGGAUGUGAUCGGCGUCGACCUUGGCCAGCUGCAGAUCAGCCAGGAGGCGUGGGGCAUGAUGCAGGAGGACAAAGACGUCACUACAGGGCGCUCUGGGAAGUACUUCGGCAGGAAGGGAGAGGGGGUAAAGGGCCACGAGGUGAAGGAGGUUCAAGACGCGGUGGAAGUGCUGAAGGCGGCUGCUGCAGACUGCGAGGAGUUGAAGAUGGCGAACGACCCUCAGACGGCUGCUGUCAUCAUGCCCGUUGGGCAGCAGCACGAUGGCUACUGGACGAGCGAUGACAUGUGCGCCCAGCUGCCGGCGAUUAUCGCCAUGGCCGAGCUGACGAGUGGGCCGCACCGGCAGGGUGUCUUCAUCUUCGACAACUCCACCGGCCACAACCCAUACGAUGCCGACGCGUUGCUGGCCCACAAUAUCAACUUGGCGCCUGGCGGGGAGAAGGUGGCGUUGAGGGUAUUCGAGGAUGUCGACGGGAAGAAGGUAUACCCUACAUUCCAGCUUGGCGACACUCUGCUUACCGACAGGAAGAUUUUCUUGCCGAAGACAGAGGAGCAGAAGAAGAACAAGAAGCGCAAGUCUGGAACGGCGCUCGACAAGGACAAGUUCCCCGUUGGGACCAAGGUCGUGCUUAGAUCUCCCCUGCUUGGCCUCAACAAAGGAGGUGAGCAAAUGCUCAGGGAGAUGGGGUUGUGGCGGCUUCGUGGCGAGAAGAGGGGGCUUGUCAAGGGUUGCAACAAGUGCAAGGCUGACAACGCGGCAGCACGGCAAGCGAUCGCCGCAUUCAACAAAGGAGGGGAGGAGCGGGAGAGAGUUCUAGAGCAAGCGUGGUGGGAGCAGCAAAAAUUCUUCCAUCGGGGAUCCCGCGGCAGCGGGAGGGGCUGCUGGAAGGAGGCAGCGCUCAACAAGGUCGAGCAGAUCUUCAAGGAGGCCGGGCACGUGUGCAUCUUCCUUCCCAAGUACCACCCUGAGCUCAACGCCAUUGAGCGGUACUGGGGAUCCAUCAAGCACGUUCUUCGCCUUCACUGCGAAAUCUCCCUCACCCACAUGCUCGAGAUUCUGCGGGGCGCGAUGAGUGGCGUGCCGUUGGACCACAUCCGCGCGUGGAGCAGGGUGGUGUGGCUGUACGUUGAAGCGUACGACGACGGGCUGGAGGGCUACCUCAAAGACCGCGAAGCCAAGGAGUGGCAUACGCACCGACAAGCCACCAGGAGGGGGAACGCGGUCGUGGAGGCAACAGGGGGGGGGGAAUCACAAGCGGAAGAGGACAAGGUGGUGGCGAAGGCGUUGGCAGCUUCGCAGGAAAACCGAACCUUCUCCGUGAGGAGGGCGAAAAGGGCACUGAAGAAGUGGAAGAAGUGCGCCAUGGCGAAUGUGGAAGAGGAGAAGUAG